AUCAGGAAAAAUCUCAUCACAUCUUCCGUAUCUAUAUCUUUACCUUUCGUUUUUUCUACGGUUAAAUCUUCCAUUGUUGUUGCUAAGUUCCUGUACAGUAAUGGAUAGAAGGUUAAUUGAAGCUGCCCAGAUGGGUAAUGUUGACCUUUUGUUCAAUUUGAUCAAAUAUGAUCCCCUAAUUCUACACUCUGUUUCAUUAGCAGAGGAAGAGACUCCAUUACACAUUGCUUCCAUGGCUGGCCACCUCGAUUUUGUACAACAAAUACUAAAAUUGAGGCCAGAAUUCGCCACGGAGCUCAACCAAGACGGUUUUAGUCCCCUCCAUAUUGCCUCGGCAAAUGGGUAUCUAGAGAUUGUUAAAGAGCUCUUGAGAGUGGAUCGUGAUAUGUGUGCGGUGAGGGGAAGAGAGAAGAGGAUACCCCUCCACUACGCGGUGAUCAAGGGUAGAAUUCAUGUUAUGAAGGAAUUGCUCGCUGCUAGCCCGGAUUCUGUUGAACACGUCACGGUUCGGGGAGAGACUGCCCUUCACCUUGCAGUCAAGAAGAAUCAAAUUGAAGGGUUGAGAGUGUUGGUGGAACAUAUCAAGGAAUUCAAGAAAGAGGGUGUUUUGAAUAUGAAGGAUGAACAUGGCAACACCAUCUUGCACCUAGCUAUCUCGGGAAAACAGUACGAGGUUGUCGACUUAUUACUUGGUGAACUUUCCGUUACUAGGGCAGUGAUGGAAGUGAAUUCCUUAAACAAGAAUAGCCUCACGGCUCUUGAUGUUUUACUAAUUUUCCAAAGUGAAGCGGGCGAUAGAGAGAUUGAAGAUGUUCUUGUGCAAGCUGGUGCUAAGAGAGCUAGAGACUUGCACACAUCGGCACUAGCGUUAACUAGCCAAAAUCAGGGUGUUACAACUAACCCAUCAAAUGGCCCGUUAAUGCCAAUUGAACGGACUCGAUCUCCAGCUAGACAGUUGCUAGAGUAUUUCAAAUACAACAAGAUUAGAGAUUCGCCGAGCGAGGCACGAAACGCCAUGCUUGUGAUAGCUAUACUUAUUGCCACCGCAACAUAUCAAGCCGUGCUUAGCCCUCCAGGUGGUGUUUGGCAAGACGAUUCUCUGUCCAGUAACAACAAUGGGACAGAUACUACCGAACCACAUAGUGCUGGAAAAGCAGUCUUGGGUUCGAAGAAUAUGGUGUCGUUUGGCUUAUUUAUCUUUUUCAACUCAGUAGGGUUCUUCACCUCUAUCAACAUGAUCUAUGUUCUCACAAGUGGAUUCCCUUUGCAAUUGGAGUUGCAAGUUUCAAUGUGUGCCCUCAUAAUAACAUAUGACACUUCUAUGACUUUCAUGACAGCUAAUAAUGCCUUGUCUGUGUUAUUUACUGUUGUUUCCAUAGCCUUGCCAUUCGUGAUACAUAUUGCAACCAUGGUGGCAAGGAACUACCUCAAAUGGCCAAGAGUUGCAUUGCAAUGUACAAGCCUACAAAGUGCUUGAAUUAGAGGCAUGUUGUUCUACUUCUUUUCUCUUUGUUUUUAUGAAAUUAAGUGUUUGUGAGUA